GUAACAGAGCCUCCCUCUGACACCUGAGGGCUCACAUCACGGCGGGAGUUUACACAGCUGCUGAGGGAAGAAUGAUCUGCGUGGACAUCUUCAUGUUUGCAGGAAAGCAUUAUAGUUAAUAAUAGUAAUAACAAAGUAACAGAGAGAGUGAUGAGAUGUCACCGUGGCAGCUUCUCCGUGCGAGCAGAGCGACCCAGGCGGCUCUGGGUUACCGUGUUUACCGUGGCCUCGGAGGUUCUGUCCAUUACAGCUCAGCCCCUCCUGAUGCUGGAGCUGAUGCUGGAGCUGAUGCCGGAGCUGAUGCCGGAGCUCCGGGCGGCAGCAGGAGCGCCAGCCCCGGUCUGUCCGCAGACAGAGUCACCAUGCAGGAGCUGAACAGCCGGCUGGCCUCGUACCUGCAGCAGGUCCAGGAUCUGGAGGAGGCCAAUCAGAGGCUGGAGUAUGAGAUCGAGAUGGAGCUGGACAGGAAGUGUCCCAGAGAGCUGAGAGAGCUGGACGGACACCUGAGGACCGUGUCGCUGCUGCAGGACCAGAUCAGUGAAUGUCUCUUGGCCCAGGCUCAGGUGAAGCUGCAGCUGCUGAACGCAGAGCUCACCAUCGUCGACCUCAACCUCAGAUGUGAAAAAGAGCGAGAGUGUCGUCAUGAUCUGGAGGUGGAGAUGAACAGCCUGAGGCUGCUGGACGAGGAGCUGCACGUCCACACACUGCCGGAGCUCCAAAGUGUGGUCAGCGAUCAAACUCAAGAACUGAUGGAGAUGCAGAUACAACAUAAACAGGACAUGCAGGGUCUCCUGACGCAGAUGUCAGAGGGCAUCACCGUGGAGAUGGAGCCUGCUGAGUCAUCAAACCUGAUCCAGCAGCUGGAUGACCUGAGAGAGACAAAUGAGACGCUGAUGGACCAGAACCAGAACGAGUGCUGGUUCAACCCUCAGGUAUCCAUGGAGAGUUCUCCUGAGGUGAUCUUUGACCCUCAGGAGUCAGAGGUCGUCCAUGCUGAGUUGGACGAACUGAAUGGAAGAGCAGAGUGUCUGGAGGAAGAGCUGACACAACUGCAAGCCCUGAACAUGGAGCUGGAGGCCUGUGGUCUGCAGCAGAAUGACUACUUUGUCGAGGAGUUGGCGUUCCUGGAGCAGACAGUGGACGGUCUGUGCAGAGACCUGGACUCACUGCUACAGGCUAUAUGUCAGCAGGCUGCAGACUUUGACUCCUUGCUAGACGUCAAGACCAGACUGGAGGCCGAGAUACAAGUCUACAUGAGGCUGCUGGACGGACAGAGCCCGCUGGGGGUCUUAGGUCUUCACGCAAAUGUCACAUCUUUCUGCCCCUUUGACUUCGGUAGAAACAGCACAGUGAACGAAACAGUCAGUGUUCAGGGAGGAAGUCUUUGGAUGAUGGAGGUUCAAACUGUCCCUCGAGACCAUAUUGAAAGACCUGUAGUUACCCCACUCUCAGAAACCAUGAGCACAGUCCAGUCAAUCAGGGCCCACAGCAAACAUCCAGAGAACUCACCAGUGACAUCAAUUAGCACACUGAAUCUGACAGACUCAUUCCACAAGUCUGGAAAUCAGAUAACAGGAACCUUUCCUGAAAGAACUGGGAGGGAAUCCAUGAUUGUCAGUGCCAUGAUCAACGGGCAGAGCAACCCUGUGGAAGACUCAUCAAUUGUUUGCACUCAAAUUAGACAAGUUUUAGACAAAGAAGCAGUCACAGCUUCUAAAGCAGAGACAAAUACUGCACCAAGAAUCAUCACGUUGGUUUCUGACACACAAUCUGUCAGCAGUGCUGCUGUUCAGGAAACACCAGAAAUCUUUACUUCCAAACACAAUACCACAGAGGCUGGUUUGCAGGUUAAUAAGACAGGAACAAACAUUCAAACACAGGUCACCAAAACCAUUCUUUGUGCAGAACCAGAAGUAAAGGAAGAGACAGAAACUGUGAUUUCAGCUCAAAUAAACUGCACUGAGGACUCCAUCCAAGCUAAGAACCAGGAACCUGCACAGGUUGUGUCUUUGAGGUUAGAGACACCAAAAGAAACUGUCAGGGAUGCAGGGGAAGAGGUCACAGUAUCCAUUGUCUCUGGAUCUCAUGUUCUUACAUCUGUGGAGGCUCAGACUAAGGUCUCUGCUGACUUGACUUUGAUGGACUACAAGGACACAGAAAGACAAGAAAAGAGGGUAAAAGAAGUACCAAAAGUAAAGGUGACUUCACGUUUCCUCAGAGCAGAUCAGAGUCUGACAUCAUCAGAUUCAUCCAGUACCAGACAGAACAAAGUCAUGGAAGAUGCCAACUGGAAGAUGACUGAUUCUUCUGGUAUUUCAGACAGCAAAGUUAACAUUCAAACAGAGAUCACCAAAACCAUUCUUUGUGCAGAACCAGAAGUAAAGCGAGAAACACAUUUUGUAACAACCAUAACUGAUCCCAGCAAAGCAGCUGCUGCAGAAGUAAAGGAAGAGACAGAAACUGUGAUUUCAGCUCAAAUAAACUGCACUGAGGACUCCAUCCAAGCUAAGAACCAGGAACCUGCACAGGUUGUGUCUUUGAGUUUGGAGACACCAAAAGAAACUGUCAGGGAUGCAGGGGAAGAGGUCACAGUAUCCAUUGUCUCUGGAUCUCAUGUUCUUACAUCUCUGGAGGCUCAGACUAAGGUCUCUGCUGACUUGACUUUGAUGGACUACAAGGACACAGAAAGACAAGAAAAGAGGGUAAAAGAAGUACCAAAAGUAAAGGUGACUUCACGUUUCCUCAGAGCAGAUCAGAGUCUGACAUCAUCAGAUUCAUCCAGUACCAGACAGAACAAAGUCAUGGAAGAUGCUGACACAAAGUCCAGCAUUGUGACUGCUUCAUUCUGCAGCUCAAACAGGAAUGACAACCUCCAGAGUAAAACAGCACAAGGACUCAUCACGUUGGUUUCUGACACACAAUCUGUCAGCAGUGCUGCUGUUCAGGAAACACCAGAAAUCUUUACUUCCAAACACAAUACCACAGAGGCUGGUUUGCAGGUUAAUAAGACAGGAACAAACAUUCAAACACAGGUCACCAAAACCAUUCUUUGUGCAGAACCAGAAGUAAAGGAAGAGACAGAAACUGUGAUUUCAGCUCAAAUAAACUGCACUGAGGACUCCAUCCAAGCUAAGAACCAGGAACCUGCACAGGUUGUGUCUUUGAGUUUGGAGACACCAAAAGAAACUGUCAGGGAUGCAGGGGAAGAGGUCACAGUAUCCAUUGUCUCUGGAUCUCAUGUUCUUACAUCUCUGGAGGCUCAGACUAAGGUCUCUGCUGACUUGACUUUGAUGGACUACAAGGACACAGAAAGACAAGAAAAGAGGGUAAAAGAAGUACCAAAAGUAAAGGUGACUUCACGUUUCCUCAGAGCAGAUCAGAGUCUGACAUCAUCAGAUUCAUCCAGUACCAGACAGAACAAAGUCAUGGAAGAUGCCAACUGGAAGAUGACUGAUUCUUCUGGUAUUUCAGACAGCAAAGUUAACAUUCAAACAGAGAUCACCAAAACCAUUCUUUGUGCAGAACCAGAAGUAAAGCGAGAAACACAUUUUGUAACAACCAUAACUGAUCCCAGCAAAGCAGCUGCUGCAGAAGUAAAGGAAGAGACAGAAACUGUGAUUUCAGCUCAAAUAAACUGCACUGAGGACUCCAUCCAAGCUAAGAACCAGGAACCUGCACAGGUUGUGUCUUUGAGUUUGGAGACACCAAAAGAAACUGUCAGGGAUGCAGGGGAAGAGGUCACAGUAUCCAUUGUCUCUGGAUCUCAUGUUCUUACAUCUCUGGAGGCUCAGACUAAGGUCUCUGCUGACUUGACUUUGAUGGACUACAAGGACACAGAAAGACAAGAAAAGAGGGUAAAAGAAGUACCAAAAGUAAAGGUGACUUCACGUUUCCUCAGAGCAGAUCAGAGUCUGACAUCAUCAGAUUCAUCCAGUACCAGACAGAACAAAGUCAUGGAAGAUGCUGACACAAAGUCCAGCAUUGUGACUGCUUCAUUCUGCAGCUCAAACAGGAAUGACAACCUCCAGAGUAAAACAGCACAAGGACUCAUCACGUUGGUUUCUGACACACAAUCUGUCAGCAGUGCUGCUGUUCAGGAAACACCAGAAAUCUUUACUUCCAAACACAAUACCACAGAGGCUGGUUUGCAGGUUAAUAAGACAGGAACAAACAUUCAAACACAGGUCACCAAAACCAUUCUUUGUGCAGAACCAGAAGUAAAGGAAGAGACAGAAACUGUGAUUUCAGCUCAAAUAAACUGCACUGAGGACUCCAUCCAAGCUAAGAACCAGGAACCUGCACAGGUUGUGUCUUUGAGUUUGGAGACACCAAAAGAAACUGUCAGGGAUGCAGGGGAAGAGGUCACAGUAUCCAUUGUCUCUGGAUCUCAUGUUCUUACAUCUCUGGAGGCUCAGACUAAGGUCUCUGCUGACUUGACUUUGAUGGACUACAAGGACACAGAAAGACAAGAAAAGAGGGUAAAAGAAGUACCAAAAGUAAAGGUGACUUCACGUUUCCUCAGAGCAGAUCAGAGUCUGACAUCAUCAGAUUCAUCCAGUACCAGACAGAACAAAGUCAUGGAAGAUGCCAACUGGAAGAUGACUGAUUCUUCUGGUAUUUCAGACAGCAAAGUUAACAGUCAAACAGAGAUCACCAAAACCAUUCUUUGUGCAGAACCAGAAGUAAAGCGAGAAACACAUUUUGUAACAACCAUAACUGAUCCCAGCAAAGCAGCUGCUGCAGAAGUAAAGGAAGAGACAGAAACUGUGAUUUCAGCUCAAAUAAACUGCACUGAGGACUCCAUCCAAGCUAAGAACCAGGAACCUGCACAGGUUGUGUCUUUGAGUUUGGAGACACCAAAAGAAACUGUCAGGGAUGCAGGGGAAGAGGUCACAGUAUCCAUUGUCUCUGGAUCUCAUGUUCCUGGAUCUCUGGAGGCUCAGACUAAGGUCUCUGCUGACUUGACUCUGGUGAAUGAUUCAAUCAGAAUAGAUCCGAGUUCUGCAUUGUCUGAUGCAUCCAGUAGUGAGAAAAACAAUGUCAUAGAAGAUGCAGAUACAAGGUCUGGCACUGGCGGUGUUUAUGGGGGCUCUCUGGGACUCAAGUGCAGCCUGAGUGGCAGUCCUACCUUACUCAGAAAUGGGAAAGAGGAAGGCCCAGUAGUGGCCAUAAAUCCUGCAAGAAAUCUACAACACACAGGGAGAUACAGCAGUAGAGGAGGUGCAGAUUGGAUGGUGUACAGUGGCAGUCUUGGGCAUCAGAGUGGUAGCCUACCCAGCACAGGAAGCACAGAAAGCCUGCCAACAGCAUUGGACCUGGAAACAAGCUCAUCAGAAACAAGGAAGUUUGGCAGCAGAGGUAGUGGAGAGUGGAGAGUCUAUGGUGGGAGUACUGGACGUAUGAGCAGCUGGGCUGGAAGCAGUAGCUUAGCCAAUGCAGACAAAGAAGAAACCCCACAACUACCCACAAGCACAGCAGGACUACAAAGAGCGGGGAAGUUUGGCAGUGCAGGCAGUGAAAAAAGCACAUCAACAUCUGUGGUCCCUGCAACAAGCCUGCCAGAAUUGAGGAGCAGCAUCACUGGCAGCGGUAGCCUACCCAACACAGUAAGCACGGAAAGCCUUCCAACAGCAUUGGACCUGGAAACAAGCUCAUCAGUAACAAGGAAGUUUGGCAGCAGAGGUAGUGGAGAGUGGAGAGUCUAUGGUGGGAGUACUGGACGUAUGAGCAGCUGGGCUGGAAGCAGUAGCUUAGCCAGUGCAGACAAAGAAGAAACCCCACAACUACCCACAAGCACAGCAGGACCACAAAGAGCAGCGAAGUUUGGCAGUGCAGGCAGUGGGGAGUGGAGAGUUUAUGGUGGGAGUGCUGGACGUCUGAGUAGUGCCUGCAGUGCAGACAAUGUCAGUGUCAGCGCCAAUGGUGACAAAAGAAACCGCUCAUCAAGUCCCGGACCUCAACUCAGCCGUGCAGGUAGUGGAAGCAGGCUCAGCUCAGGUAGUGUUAUUAGGCGUAGUAGCAGUGUAGGCAGUGGUGGUAAGUUAAAUAGCUCAGAUAGUUGUGGCAGGGUCAGCAACUCAUCUGGGAGCCACAGGGCUAGCACCUCUGGGAAGUACACCAGCACUGGCAACAGCGAAUGGAAACCUGUUUACAGCCCAGUUAAUGCACGUAAGAGCAUGGGGAGCACAGGGCGACCAGGUGGAGGAGGAGUGAGUGUCAUUAUGAGUAGUAGUGGGUGGCUGACCAGUUCAACAUCUGGUGGGAAUCACAUCAGCAGCUCAGGGAGCGGGUCUAGCAUUACAGGCGGCAGCGACAGAAUUAGCGGCCUAGCUGGAGGACGGAUCAGCAGCUCCUCUGGGUCAGGAAGGACCAAUAGCGCGCGGGGGAGGGUCAUCAGCAGCAGCCAGCGGCCAAUCAGGAGCACCGGCAGCGGAGCAGGAAGCAUCAAGGAGAGAAUCAGUGUUUGUAAGAUGGCAGCGCUGACGAUCUCAGCAGCGGGCAGGGAGAAAAGUCAGGACAGACAAAGACAAGCUCAGCGGUCCAAACAGCAACAACAGAAUGAAGCCACCUUGCCUCUCCUCCAGCGAUGGCUGUCCACAGGUGUCACGGUCACGAGUGGCGAUCCUGAUGACCCUGAUGACAUCAUGCGUUCCUGAUUGGAUAACUGAGGAGGAAAGCAGUGACAUCAUGCUUUAAGGCUGAACGCAGCUGCACACGUUAAAAACAACUUCUUUCAAA